UCUACAACAUUGGCUUUUCAGAGCUCCAACAGCUACGAGCUUCUGCCGUCGGUCUCACUGCUGCUACACUGUUAUAAAUCGUUGUCGCGCCACGGCUUGAUUUCAUAAUAAUUUUCUCACUACCUCCUCCUCAGCUCUUUCGAUGUCCAUAAAAUUCUACCACACGCGUCCAAGUACCUCGUAAUGGGCGUAUACCUGAUCACCCCAUUCGGCAUAUAAUAUAAUAUUAAAACAGGGGCUUCUCUUCGUCGGCGCUCCGUAUUAUAAUAGAAUAGGCGAUUAAGGAAGCCUGGAUUGCAUUGCAUAUAAAAUGGGCGAGGAGAAUCGAGUGCAGGAUAAGUCGACAAGCGACGCAGAUGGCUUCUUCUGGCAAGAUUAUCUUGAUGCAACAGAAAGCGUGGAAGUUCCACAGAUAAUGUUUCCACACGUGGAGGAAACAUUACAAAAUGGAAUUGAAAUCGGCAUGUCUUUGGAGGUUCCAAUUAAAAAAAAUAACACCAAAGAUGACGACGAAUCUGUGUAUUGGGUAGCCUCGAUUGUCAUGGCUUGUGGUCCUUUAUUAAGACUACGUUACUUUGGCGGUGAUGAUAGAUCUUUAGAAUUUUGGUUCAAUUUGACCAAAGAGGCUGCCCACGAAUUAGGCUGGUCUGUAAAAAAUGACAAAAGACUUGAACCACCUGAUAUUGUACUUCAAAGAUCUCCAGAUUGUUCUGAAAAAUUACAAGAAUUCUUAACCACGGCAAAGUCAAUUCCUUUUGAAAUGCUGGCAGGGGAUGGACUUAGUAUAGUAGAUAGAAUUAAGCAAGGCAUGAAAGUUGAAGUCAGCGAUGUCCGGCAUCCAUAUAAAUUAUGGGUUGCUACGAUUAAGGAAAAUGUUGGAGGACGCCUUCUGUUGCAAUACGAUACUCCAGAUUCAUCGUCGAAAGAUUUCUGGAUGUUUUGUACUUCAGAGCAUUUGCAUCAGUAUGGAUUUGCAUCAAAAGCAGAUUCAAACUGGUUUUUAGAACCGCCUAGUUCAAUAGUCGAUACACAUUCUUAUGAAGAAUGGAAAGAACUUACGGAAAAUGGUCCUAAGGACCUUAAAGUACCUGAAAACUUAUUUAAUAAUUGUGUUGAUCAUCCUCAGCAUAAUUUUAAAUUAGGAAUGAAGUUAGAAGCAGUUUCACCCUCCGAUAGAACAAAACUUUGCCCAGCAACAGUUGUUAAAGUAUUUGAUAAUAUUUAUUUUUUAGUUCAUAUUGAUGUAUAUAACAGAGAUUCCAUAGAAAAUUUUGAUGAGACAUACAUAUACAAUACUACUGAAAAGAAUACGUGGCUCUGCACUGCGGAACACCCCUAUAUUUUUCCAAUUAAUUGGUCUAAGAAAAAAAAUAUCAGUUUUACACCGCCGCAAAACUGGACUUUGAAGUCAGAGGAAUUUGAUUGGGAUGAUUAUUUGAAAGCAACGAAUGCAAUUGCUGCCGAUGAAAGCUUAUUCACCGUACGAGAAAGUGCAGCCGAUGCAGGAUUUGAAUGUGGCAUGAGGUUAGAAGCAGUUGAUCCUGAAAAUGAAAAUGCAAUUUGCGCAGCGCAUAUAUCAAAGAUUAUUGAUAAUUUAUUAUGGUUAAAACUAGAUAGUUGUAAUGAUAAUCGAAUCACACACAUUGUACACAUGCAUUCCUUACAAAUUUUUCCAGUUGGAUGGUGUGAGUCAAAUCACUAUCCAUUAAAGCCCCCGAAAGAUUAUAUCGAAGUUUGUAAAAAGGUGCAAACCAAUGCAACAGCAACAAAGAAAAAUAAUGUUAUAGAUGUUCCAUUAUCAGAACCUCGUUCUUCCUUAUGGUGUCCAAAGAUCUAUUUUAAUUAUCGAUGCUUUACCGGACCAAUGAUAUCUAAAGGUAAAUUAGCAACUCUUCCAAAAGCAGUUGGUCCCGGACCAGUAGUUCUUGUUAUGAGAGAAGUUUUAUCGAUGAUUGUAUCCGUUGGAUACAGGAGUGCCAGAAUAUUAAAAGUAUUACAGUGUGAUACCAAACCCGAGCCUGGUUAUAACUUAGAAGUAUUAAAAGCAAAACACAAAAACAAUACGUAUAGAGCGAGUGUUGCUGUUAUAACGUCGGGUGAUAUGGUAACUGAAUUUUGCAGAAAUAUAUGCAAAAAAUUAAUGGUGUGUCCUAAUCUUUUUGGGCCAUUACAUGUACCAGAGAACGAAUGCCCGGACAAAUGUCAUAAGACAUCGAAGAAUAAAUUUAUAACAACGACAGUAGGAACUGGGAAGAGAGGUAAGCCAAAAGGUUACACAAGUAUUAUGGUUCAAAAACCACGACCGUGGGGUAAGCGUAAGAGAAGGAGAGGCAGAUGGGCAAACAGGGACAAAGAGCGAACCGAAGAAUUUGAGCAAGAAGAUGAAAUGCCAUUUCUCUCCAUGGAUCUGACAAAACAUAUUUCCGGCGGACUAGAAGAUAUGUAUGAAGAUCAACAGCCACUUUCUGAACUGGACAUCAUGAUUCAAAAAGGCUUUAAGAAAGCAGAAAAAUUUGACGAUACUAAACAAGAAUUACCAUCGAGCAAUGUCUCAGAGGAUUCAACGAGUAGUUUUAAUGACAGAAAAAGUAAAGAUAGCAAUAUAGAUAGUCCUGGCAGUUCUAUGGGUAGUAAAUUACAAUCGAAAUCCAGUCAAAACACCACUACCACAAGAUCUGGUAAAAGAGAAAGAGAUUGGGACACGAGCGUAGAGUCUGAUGGAUCGGAUGCCGAUGCGGAAUAUAUAAGAAUGCAAAAAAAGCAGCGAAGGCCUAAAACUAGAAAAUUAGAAUCAAAUCCUUUAUUUUGGACUGUCGACGAUGUCUUUCGAUAUCUUCGAAAAACAACAGACUGUAAAGAAUUAGCAUAUAGAGUCAAGCAAGAAGAAAUUGAUGGCUUAGCAUUCCUCCUCUUAAAUUUGCCUUCUCUCACUGAACAUAUGAAACUACGAACGAGUGCAGCCAUGAAAUUAUGUCGACACGUGGAGCAAGUAAAAGUAACGUUCUUCCUUAAGCACAUCAACGAACUUGAACCAGAGCAGUAUCGAGUGAUGUAAUUAUUUGAAUAAAUUGCACAUACAGAAAUCAAUUAACGCUGGAAAUUUGAAAAUUUGUACCGUAAUGUAUCAUAUAUGUAAUAAUGUCAACGAUUUGUAGAGUCUAAGAUAAGUGCGCCUGUAUAAAUUAUUAAUUUCAUGCAUUUGUGAAUAGUUACAUAAUGUAUAA